CUCCGCUCCCAGGCUCCGCGCCGGGCCCGCCCUACGCCCGCAGCCCGAGCCCGCGAUCCGCUCGGGCCCGGUCCAGCGCUCCGCCACCGGAACUUCCGGCCGCGCAGGUAUCGAGAGGAGUUGCCCGCGGCCAUCGAGGGCCGAGCGGAGAAACACGUGACACGCGACGAGCUGGAGCAGCUGCUGGCGUGGGAACUGGCGGUGAGGAGCUUCCCACGUGGGGGACGGAGCCUUCCGGGGCGGGACGUAGCGCCGUGGGCGUGGCUUCCUCCUGGGGGCGGGCCCUCGCGCCUUGGGGCGGGGGCGGCGCCCCUAGCGAGGUCCACCAGCCGUGACCCCAGACCCGACCUGGCCACCGAGGGGCCGCUUUCGGCCGCGCCUGCAGCGGCUCGUGACUGCCAACUCCCCGGAGCUGGUGGUGCAGCGCUCGGCUGCCGCCUUCCGCCUCCUGCCAGUCGUGAACGCAGCGGUCACGGAAUUGUGCGCCCUCCGGGGCGUGGGCCCGGCUAUCGCCUCGCGCAGUGCCUCAAGCUGUGGACCCCUCACCGUGUGGAGACAGCACUGUGGAUCUGGGCUGUAGGGCAGAAGCUGUGCCCUGACCUGCUGCCUGACCUCGGUCCCAGCCUGGCCACCCCUGAGGACACCAGGCCAGCCAAGAAGCACAGGACCCAGGCCUGCUGACUUGGUUGUGGCCCAGGGCUUGCACACCUAUCCUGUGAUCUCAGGCCACAAGUCUUUGGACAGGAGACUGGCUGCUGUAGGAGCUCAAUAAAUGCUUGCUGAACUCAAA